AUGGGUGAUGAUUCCAUAGUUGUGACUGGUACUAGUGCAUCUACACCGAAGGAGGCACGUCCCUCGCGUGAUUACUCUACCCCGAUUACAUCUGACAAAUUGGAUGGCUCCAAUUAUGCCUCUUGGUCUCGUGGUGCGCGUAUUACGAUAACUAGUCGUCGUAUGGCAAGUUGGAUCAAUGGGAAGAAGCCUGCUCCGUCUCAGGACUCCGCUGACUAUACCGAAUGGGAAGAAGAUAAUUGUCUGGUGCAGUCAUGGCUUCUAAAUUCCAUGACUAAACCAGUUCGUGCCUUGUUCGAACGUGGUGAUACUGCUUUUGAUAUAUGGGAGGCUGCUCGGAAGACCUAUACUGUGACUCAGAAUAGUUCUCGUUUGUUUCAACUCCGACAGCAAUCCAUACUUAUAGGUCAGAAUGGUGAAUCUGUGAAAGUGUUCUAUGAAAAACUUCAUGCUAUCUGGCAAGAGAUUGAUUGUCUGCGUCCGCAUGAGUUUAAUUGUUCUACUGAUGGGGCUCGUCGUCUGAAAGAAAUUGAAGCCGAUCGAGUUUAUGAUUUUCUUGGUGGGCUAGAUCCACCGUAUGAUGGUGUUCGUAGCCGUAUUCUUGCUCUUAGCCCUGUUCCACCCCCUCUCGAAGCCUAUGCCAUGGUCAUGGAGGAAGAUACCCGUCAGUCCGCUAUGCUUGGAGGAGGAUCGCUGGCUCUUAAGGUGGAUCCAGCACGUCACCGACCGGUCGCCCCGCAAGUAGCGACCGGUCGCCCGCCGCAAAAAAAGUUUGGAUCUUCUGCUGGGUUUUGUCCUUCUGCCUCCCCCUCUCUUGAAGGUCCACCUAAGUGCCGCCAUUGUAAUGGGGAUCAUUACUCUGAAAAGUGUUUUAAGGAGCAUGGUUACCCUGAUUGGUUUGCUGACUACAAAGCUCGUAUGUAUGGUCCCAAGGCCACUUACACUGUGACUCCUGAUGAGGCCCGUCCUCCAACUCCAUCUGCAAAUCUGUGUGCUUCUGAUACUAUGCCAGGAUCUCAGGACUCACGAGAAGAUUGGGCAUGGUAAACGGAUAGGGGGGUUAUAUUACUUACAGUUGCCGGCUGCAGCAGUUCGUGAUUGUGUCGCUAAUAAAGCUCUGAGUGGCAGUGUCAAGGACAAGCACCAACUUUGGUUAUGGCAUCGUCGCUUAGGACAUCCGUCUUUUGGUUAUCUUAGACAUUUGUUUCCUUCAUUAUUUAGUUCAUGUGAUGAGUCUAGUUUCAAAUGUGAGACUUGUGUAAUGGCCAAGAGCCACCGUACUGUUUUUCCCUUAAGUAAUAAUAAAGCUGCUUUGCCUUUUGAGUUAGUA